UUUUAGUUUCAGUUUGACAGUUUGAACGAAAAUUGUUGUUGGGUUUUUUGGAAUUUCAGAAAUAUAAGUAAUGUCUCUUAGAAAAGUGUUAUUUUUGACGAAAGCGGUGUGUUGUAAUACCGCUAAGCUACAAACUACAAAUUUUUCACGACAGAAAGUGUGGUUAUUUACAGCCAACUCUGUUCGAUUUUAUUCUGCCGAUAAUUUAGGAGAUAAAAAAGAUCCCAAUGCUAAACCAACAGAGAAAGUGGAUAUUUUGGGACGUUUCUUUCCCCAGGCACAGAUGAAUAUUGAUGAUGCACAAGAAGUUAAGAAGGAACAAGAGCGGUUUGAGAAAGAGAAGAAAGAAAAAGCAGAAGAAAAUGAAAAGAGUUGGAGAAGGAUGAAGAUUGGCUUUGGAUUAUUUGGAGGAGCAAUGACUAUCAUGGGAGGUUGCAUGAUAGUUGAGAUGGGUGCACCAAAGAGAGACGACAAUGGAGAAAUUAUUGAGGAUGAGUUUUCAGAAUAUCCCAUAGUCCUCCAGUAUCUAAGAAGAACUUGGAAAGAACUUACUUUCUAUGAGAAGAUGAUAAAAGAGCCAUCUCGUGAGAAGCUGCUGCCCGACCCCCUGCCACCGCCAUACCAACCAACUUAUACACUAGUCCUGGAGUUUACUGAUGUCCUGGUACACCCUGAUUGGUCUUACCAGACUGGGUGGAGGUUUAAGAAACGUCCAGGUGUCGACCAAUUCUUGCAACAAGUUUCUAAUUCGGACUAUGAAGUGAUAAUUUUUACUUCAGAAAAUGCAUUUAUGAUUUGGCCUGUCAUAGACAAGUUAGAUCCAGAGAAUAAAUUUAUAGCCUACAGACUGUUCAGAGAUUCGACACAUUUCAUAGAUGGAGUGCAUGUAAAAAAUCUGGAAGGGUUAAAUCGGGAUCUGUCUAAGGUGAUAGUGGUAGACUGGAACAAACAAGCAACCAAGUUUCACCAGGAGAAUGCACUCAUACUCAAAAAAUGGAAAGGAGCUGAUGAUGAUACAGCAUUGCUAGACCUUGCUAAUUUGCUACAAACGAUAGCCAUGUCAAAUGUGGUGGAUGUCCGUGAAGUUCUUACUUACUACAGCCAGUUUGACGAUCCUAUUGCGGCUUUUCGCGAGAACCAGCGCAAACUAAUGGAACAAAUGGAGGAGAAGGAAAAAGAAGCCAAGACAAGUGAAUCCUCUCUCACCAGCAGCUGGAUUCGCAGCUUUACGAGACGUUAGCAUCGUGAGUGACAGUAGACACUUCCAUUUUAAUUUCAGUUGGUUGUGACCUACUGCCAGACACUUUACCUGCUUUAUAAAUAUGCAGACAGUGUGGCGGAUUCACGUUCCCGAACAUUAUAGAUAUUACGUCGAGUUAUGAGCUAUGAUGUCCAUGCACAAUUGAGACUAUUUUUGUUAUUAUAGGAAGAGUGUCCGAGUUCAAUCGGAUAGGUUGAGAAGAGUUAACCUACCACAUUGUUUGUAUAUUGCGAUUUUAGACAGGCAUUUUUAGAUGGUUGCAUAUUGUUAGGGUUGGAAUGUAUUGCGGAAACACAAAAAUUAUGGUGAAUUUGCACAUAUGUGGCGUAGAAUCGGUAGAAUUGAUUCCAACUUAAGAAAGAAAAUUACGAGUCAUCGUAAACCUAUGCAUUGACGAUCGAAGGCGUUUUAUUUUGAAAACAAUUUCGUUUUAUUUAAAGCGUCGUUCUGCAUAUAAAAAUUAAAUUGUCAUUGAAUUAAGCCACUUCAUAGGUAUGCGUUGACUCAAAUGUAUUACAAUCUCAAGUUAAAAUAAUUCUUCUAAUGAAUUGACGAGGUAUAAAGUACACGUUAUUGGUAUGAGAUUAUUGACCGCUUCGUAAGAAAGGCGACAAAAUGUGUUUUCAAAACUGCCAACAGUUUCUUUCAUUAUAUUGGAUCUAAAUUUACCAACUGUUUGGCCCGAAUGAUGUUCCUUGUAGGUGGUUUUGAUAAUUUUGAUCCUCAGUUUCUCAAGACAGGCUUAUUCAUAUUGCAGCUACCUGUACCGCAUUUCAAAACACUGUCAGUGAGUUGCUCUCCAUACUUUGUAAGCGGUAGAAACUGUAUGAGUUUACCAUAUUUUCUAUAAUGGAAGUACAGAGCCUGAAAUGGCUGUCAAGAAAUGUGACACGUUGACGACAAUUCUCUAAGAGAACAUUGAAAACUGCAAUCUAAUGGACUAACUUCAUGAGGUAAUUGUAAAUGCUAGUUAUUGACUUUGAAAUGGCAUUUUAUUCUUAAACUUAAUAUAUCAUAUUGGGCAGAUAUUUUUUGAUAUUAUUUUAUAACAUUUAAAAGUAACUCACACAGUAAAUUAUAAUAUUAUAGUACCUAUAAUAUUAUUUCUGUUUACUAAACUUUAGCCUUCCAACUUCUUACUUUUGUUCGCAUUUAUGUUCUAUUUUAAAGUUCUUUCGUAUUUCCGUAAGCUAUCUUUGUGCCAGUCACUAUGUGAAAUCCUAAGUUUCAUGUUUAAAAAUAUAUACUGUUAUAUUUGAGUAUAAUUUAAAAUUACUUCCUCCACCUAAAAGUAAUUCGAUGUACUUAUAUUGUUAUAAAUAAAAGUGAUUUAAAAUUACAACACCUUGUUAUGUUUUAUGAAAUAAUUUAAUGUACAAACGUUUGAGCAUAUUUGUAGAUGGCAUGUUUGUGAGAAUGUAUGAAUUCAGUCAUAUAGAUAGGAAAUAUAGUUGUUUAUCAAUA